CUAAUGUUAGUCUUUGCUUUUUCAGGAAGCAGACUUUGAAGAGAGGUCAAACCAAGUAGUAGACAGCAUUGAUGAACUCUCAGGCACAACAACUAUCUCAAACUAUUUAAAAAUGCAGUGGUUUCAACAUUCCAAGAUGUGGGCCAACUUUGGAAGAAGAGUAUUCCACCAAAAUAGUGAAACCAAUAACUUGGCUGAGAGAUUCUUUUUCAGCAUGAAAUACCAAUUUCUUCAAGGGUAUGCAAACAGACGUGUAGAUGACUUGCUUCAUCUUUUGAGUGAGAAGGUGGUGACAUAUUACAGCUACCUGGAAGAACUCUACAAAGCGGGCCGGAUAACUGAGUUGAAGAAACCAGACAUGGGUGAACUUGUGUCUAGGAUGAAAUACAAAGGCUUGCAUGACAAAGUUGUUUUUCAGGCUGCUGGCCAAAUAUUAGUACCUUCAGAAACCAGUGAGGGAAAGUGUUAUUUUGUUGAUCUCAUCACAAUGCUCUGUGAAUGUGAUUGGGCUGAAAGGGGAAACCUAUGCAAGCACAUUGCCUUGGCAAAGCACGUUUGUGAAGAAAGAGAUGUGGACAUAGAUGAGUGCAGAAGGGAAUUGGCUUGCUGUCUGUCAGAACAAGGCAGUUAUGAGUGGGAUGGAAAUGACUUAAUUGUACAUCACAGGCAAAGUUUUGGAGUUGUAAACUUGCAAACAAAGCACUGCACAUGUCUUGCUAGUAGCUUAAAAGAAAUAUGUGUGUGCCUUAGAGUUUCAGAGAUCCUAGUCCUGCGGGAUGGUCCAGAAGAGAACAUUCAGUCAUUUGAAGGUGUUUCAAACCAUGUAAAAGAGCAUGUAACCCCAUGCAAGACUGUAAAAGAAAUGAUAGGGGCAUUGUACAACUGGUCUGAGAGCACAGAGUUCUGUGAAAGUCCAGAAUUACUGUCUGCAGUUAACAGAGUUUAUCAGCUUGCUUUUGGACAGUACAGUAGCAACACAAGGAAAAGAAAGAUUCAAAAGCUUCACAAGUACAGACUAAGAGUCAAUGAAGCAAAGAAAACAAUACAGAACAUGCACUCGUACACGCUGAAAAACAGCUUAAAUCGUGCAAUGCGCUCACAUAGGCCUGACUCACACUUUAAAAUUACUGCAUUUAAAAAAAGAGUCAGAGAUGGUAAGCACCGUAUACACUUCCGUGAUACUAAUAAAGCCAUGCAAAAAUAAAGUUGCAAUUGUGGCCAGUAUGACUUUUCUGUAUUUUGUACUGGGGCUGUCUCCAGUGAUUACUACAAUAACAAUUAUAAUAUAUAUUAUAAUUGUAAAAAGACAAAAUCUUUGAAUGUUAACUGCCAUUUCUGUCCAUAUCUCGUUUCUCCAAAAGCAUUCUCAACAGCAGAUAGUUCCAUUAAAUAAAAGAAAAACCCAGAUGCAGUGUUUCAAAUUUUAUUAACUUUAUUAACAUAAAUUUUUCUUCUUAAACAAUAAAAUGCAAUCACAGUUUCUGUAGUUAUUUAAGAAAAAAAAUGCAGAAAAGAAAAUGUAUUUGUGUUAGGAUUGUUACAAUAAUACCUGGAAUAAUGUACAGUAUAUGAAAUAUAAUAAACAUGUUCACAAACAUAUACAUGAACCUUUUUUUAUGUUAGGAAAAUAAAUGUACAUUGACAAGUCAACUUGACAUAAUAAAAAAACUAUAUACAUGUAAACAGUUUUA